AUGGAAACUCAAAUGGAGCCAGAUUCCUACAAGGGCGUUACCCAUAUAUUCAAUUAUUAUAUGGGUACUCCAAUAGGUCAAGCUCUUAUCAAAGUUUUAGACGAAAUGAAGCAGGCUAGAGUUCUUGAUGAUGAUACAGAAUAUUUGAUCAAACGUGAGUUCAAGAGAAGUAUAACUCAAGCAAUGGAAGAAUAUCAAGAAGGAAAGGAAUGUCAUAUUGAAGGAAAUCCAGUAGAUUUUAAAUUUAUUUACAACGUCUUUAAUAUCAAACUUCAGCCAGCAUGUGUUACUGUUGACGGUUACCAGACGAUUAAUAUUCCACUCCUCGAAGUUACUGCCAUGAGACAUGAUAACUAA